GUGAAGCUGAGCCUGGCCUCGCAAGCUCCUAGAGGACCACCUCCUGAGACAGUUCUUUCUCCCCUCUUCUUUCUCCAAGCUCCCCUCCUACCCUCCCUUCCUGCCCAGUACAAUGCAUUCUUGACUGGAAGCGUCUGGACUCCAAGCAGCCCCAGAGAGCCGGAGCAAGCCACAGAGAGAGGACUGGAGCCAAGACACUCUGGUGGGGAGCUUGGAUGCCUGGCUCUCUUUGAGGACAUCUCUGGAGCAAGUGUGGCUUUGGGGUUGGGGGUUGCGCUGCAGGGAAUCCAGCCAGGCCCCAAGAUGGACACUUCUGGGCACUUCCAUGACUCGGGGGUGGGGGACCUGGAUGAAGACCCCAAGUGCCCCUGUCCGUCCUCCGGGGAUGAGCAGCAACAGCAGCAGCAGCCACCACCACCACUGCCAGCACCACCAGCAGCCCCCCAGCAGCCCCCAGGACCCCCGUUGCAGCCUCAGCAGCAGCAGCAGCAGCAGCAGCAGCAGCCUCAGCAGCAGCAGCAGCAGCAGCAGCAGCCACCGCAUCCCUUGUCUCAGCUCGCCCAACUCCAGAGCCAGCCUGUCCACCCUGGCCUGCUGCACUCCUCUCCCACUGCUUUCAGGGCCCCCCCUUUGUCCAACUCCACCGCGAUCCUCCACCCUUCCUCCAGGCAAGGCAGCCAGCUCAAUCUCAAUGACCACUUGCUUGGCCACUCUCCAAGUUCCACAGCCACAAGUGGGCCUGGUGGAGGCGGCCGGCACAGGCAGGCCAGCCCCCUGGUGCACCGGCGGGACAGCAACCCCUUCACAGAGAUUGCCAUGAGCUCCUGCAAGUACAGUGGUGGGGUCAUGAAGCCCCUCAGCCGCCUCAGCGCCUCCCGAAGGAACCUCAUCGAGGCUGAGCCUGAGGGCCAACCCCUCCAGCUCUUCAGCCCCAGCAACCCCCCAGAGAUCGUCAUCUCCUCCCGGGAGGACAACCAUGCCCACCAGACCCUGCUCCAUCACCCCAAUGCCACCCACAACCACCAGCACGCCGGCACCACCCCCAGCAGCACCACCUUCCCCAAAGCCAACAAGCGGAAAAACCAAAACAUUGGCUAUAAGCUGGGACACAGGAGGGCCCUGUUUGAAAAGAGAAAGCGACUGAGUGACUAUGCUCUGAUUUUUGGGAUGUUUGGAAUUGUUGUUAUGGUGAUAGAGACCGAGCUCUCUUGGGGUUUGUACUCAAAGGAUUCCAUGUUUUCGUUGGCCCUGAAAUGCCUUAUCAGUUUGUCCACCAUCAUCCUCUUGGGCUUGAUCAUCGCCUAUCACACACGUGAAGUCCAGCUCUUCGUGAUCGACAAUGGUGCGGAUGACUGGCGGAUAGCAAUGACCUAUGAGCGCAUCCUCUACAUCAGUCUGGAGAUGUUGGUGUGCGCCAUCCACCCCAUCCCCGGCGAGUACAAGUUCUUCUGGACGGCUCGCCUGGCCUUCUCCUACACACCCUCACGGGCGGAGGCCGACGUGGACAUCAUCCUGUCCAUCCCCAUGUUCCUGCGUCUGUACCUGAUCGCACGCGUCAUGCUGCUGCACAGCAAGCUCUUCACGGACGCCUCAUCCCGCAGCAUCGGGGCGCUCAACAAGAUCAACUUCAACACCCGCUUCGUCAUGAAGACCCUCAUGACCAUCUGCCCCGGCACCGUGCUGCUGGUGUUCAGCAUCUCGCUGUGGAUCAUCGCUGCCUGGACUGUCCGCGUGUGCGAAAGGUACCACGACCAGCAGGACGUAACCAGUAACUUUCUGGGUGCCAUGUGGCUCAUCUCCAUCACAUUCCUUUCCAUUGGUUACGGGGACAUGGUGCCCCACACGUACUGUGGGAAAGGUGUCUGUCUUCUCACCGGCAUCAUGGGUGCGGGCUGCACUGCCCUCGUGGUGGCCGUGGUGGCCCGGAAGCUGGAGCUCACCAAAGCGGAGAAGCAUGUUCACAACUUCAUGAUGGACACUCAGCUUACCAAACGGAUCAAGAAUGCUGCGGCCAAUGUCCUGCGGGAGACGUGGCUCAUCUAUAAGCACACAAAGCUGCUCAAGAAGAUCGACCACGCCAAGGUCAGGAAGCACCAGAGGAAGUUCCUGCAGGCCAUCCACCAACUGAGGAGUGUCAAGAUGGAGCAGAGGAAGCUGAGUGACCAAGCCAACACCCUGGUGGACCUCUCCAAGAUGCAGAAUGUCAUGUAUGACUUAAUCACAGAGCUCAAUGAUCGGAGCGAAGACCUGGAGAAGCAGAUUGGGAGCCUGGAGUCCAAGCUGGAGCAUCUCACCACCAGCUUCAACUCCCUGCCCUUGCUCAUCGCGGACACACUGCGCCAACAGCAGCAGCAGCUGCUGUCUGCCAUCAUCGAGGCCCGGGGUGUCAGCGUGGCGGUGGGCACCACUCACACCCCGCUCUCCGACAGCCCGAUCGGGGUCAGCUCCACCUCCUUCCCGACCCCAUACACAAGUUCGAGCAGUUGCUAAAUAAACCUCCCCAUUCCAGAAGCAUUACCCAUAGGUCUUAAGAUGCAAAUCAACUCUCUCCUGGUCACUUUGCCAUCAAGGAACACUGAGACCAGGGGAUGUAAGGAAGAGAGACCAAGCUCAUUAACUAACUCGUGUUCAUUCGGCGUGCUUGGUUUGAUAUGCCUUGAAACCAGAAAUCUAAUCUCUGUUUAGGUGCCUCUACUUGGGAGCAGGAAGCUGAGAUGACAGGAAGCAACGCCUCUGGCAGGGCCCUUGCUGCAGUUGGUGGAGAACAGAAAUCCACGCUCAAUCUCAGGUGUUCACACGGGGGCGGGGGUCAGAUGCACUGACGCGGCCAACAGUGAACUGCCCGGAAGAGGGGCCCGCUGUGGGAGGGGCACGUCCGGCGUGGGGAGUGGGCUCCUCGCCACUGGGGUCCUCCAGCACACCUCUCUCUUUUUCUUUUGUCUGAGGAAACUGCUGGAUGACAAAAGGAAAAGAGAGCUGCCCACAUGUUGCCCAAACAGGCAUUCUUCCCUUCCAUAUCUUAUACAAUCGUAAAUCUCAAUUUAGACAGAAAAAUAAAAAGCCAGAUUUUCCAUCCAAUAUCAAUACCCACAUAAACCUGUGUGUUUGCGAGUGUGUGCGCACACACAUCCCACAGUCAACCCAGGUCUACUCUUGUUUGAACUUGACCCAAAUGAAAAGGGACCUGGCACCUUACCUUGCACACAGUAGGACUGGUUUGGGUCAAGGCACUCCCUAAAUGUGUGCUGAGUUGGUUUGAAUCCGAAUGUGGGAGCUUUCAGUGCAGGUCGUGUGCUGGUGCUGGCCACAUUCUGAGCUCCACGGAAGGCGGGUUCUUCAGACACAAUGCAGGCCGCUCCGUCCUGGGCGUGCGCUGUGUUUGCUUGGUUUGGGAUGAUGCUGAGCUAAGACUGUUGGCAUUCUGGACGGAUAAGCGGCCUUCUAAAAACAGCAGCUUUGCAGAGCUUUCUUCUUAUAGCUCAACAAGCUAUAUUCCUGUGGAGCACACAGCCAGGUGUGUGCGUGUGAGGGACGGGGACAGGACCUGUGCAUGCGUGUGCCUGCCACGCACUGACAAGUGCAGCCCAGUGACACCUGAGCGCUGUCUGGGGGUUUGCUCAGCUAGGUUUACCCAGUGACAGGUUUCCAGAUCCAGAUGUUAGGGGUGCAGGGGGUCGGUGCCUCAUGUGGUCCCUUCCACCUGACUUGAAAUCACCUCAGAGUGAGAGGCUCUGAGAAUUAAGGGAGCCCGUAGGGACCUGUGGGUCAGGCAGGUUGACCCAGAUGCAUGGAUUUGUCAGUGGCCUGUCCCUGCUGUGCCGUGUUAACCUUGCGGCAAACUCUAAUGUCUCUCAAACUCCGAGAGACUUCAGAAGCAUUAAGACCCAGUGUAGGGACAGGCCUUGCGAGGAGGGGCCUGUGGAAGCAAAGGAGUUGCAUUGCUCCCGAACCUGCCCACACAUCAUGCGUGCGGUGUGAAAGCCAGCGUGUCAUUCGUUGCUUUUUCAUUCCAAGGUCUUUGACUUCUGUUUGUGGGGAGUUACUUGGACUGCAUGGAAUAUUUUAUCUGUUUGUGGCAAAACAAGACUGCUGUGUGUGUGCAGUUCCCUGCCGGGUUUCACUUUGCGCAGGGAUGCCGUCGCCAUUCUGAAGGCCGUGUCCGGCUGUGCAGCCUGUCCGGCAGGCUGGGCCUGGUCUUCAAAGAACAGGGAAUCAGGCAAAGGUAGAUGACCCCAGGACUAAGGCCACUCUUUCAAGAAGAUCGGGGCUCUCACUAAACUUCUUUUAUCUAUUUUUAUUGCUGUUGCUGUUCCUUUAAUGGUCUCAUGUUUAUUUUGAUAACCCCUUUGGACAUUUUCAUUGGUUGUUUUGCCUACCACAGAUGCCACACUUGCUGUUAGCUUUUUAUUUUUUUUACUUGUUCUUUUAACUAUUGACUACCUGAAAGAUCCCUCUCUUUUAUGUCCCAAGAAUGGUGCCCCUGUUUUCAGUGACAGCUCAGCUGAUCAGAUCAGUAGAUGUGUAAACAGAUGAAAUAACCAUGCAGUUUCUUUGUGGCAUGUGUUUCAUUUCACAAGGUGAAGGCCACUGACAGGUCAGGCUGGGAGUGCUGGUUCUGGUUGUUUAAGCUACAGGGGCUGUAGCUUAAAUGUCAGUUUCCCUUCGCGCUUUCCAGUCGGCUGCGCAUGCACACACACACGGCGAUUCAGUCCGCAUUUCCCAUGAGUUCCAUGCAAGAUCCCACUGCCACUCCCCUCCCCAAAAGUGUGCGCAGACUGUCACUGACCCACCCCAAUCUGGGGAUGAUGCUUUGAUCCAUCAUGAAUGCCGUACACUUAGUUAACCCCCAAAGACCGAGCUAGCAACACUAGUAAAGGGCGUGGCUGGAUUCAUUUCCAGUACUGGUAGCCACUGGCAUCCUAGAAACACACGGGCAUUUAGGGCAUGACUUGACCUAUUGGUAGUGCAAUAGCUAUGUAUUGUUGGCAAAAGAAUACUUACUGUUUCCCCAAAAUGUGGUCGAGUUUGCAUGUUGAUCCUGCAGUGGUAAAUGGAAGAAGGCUGCUUCUCUGCACUAGUAAUUCAGCUUUAUGCGGGAAGCCACUCACUCUCCUGCAAGUACAAUCAACCCUUGGCGACUUAACUAUCGAUUAUCCAGGGCAUAGCUCACCCAGGUGUUCCUCCCACAGCCAGUCUUUUGGCUGAUUCCACUGUGCUUCAGCAUCGCAGUCAGAUGGGAAGAGGGGCCAGGUGGAUCUCAUACCAUGCCUUCUUGUUCCUUAUUUCCAAGUUUGAUGGUGGAGGAGGUUUCAUUACCUACUGAAGAAUUGGCUAUGUGUAAAAACUGUGCAUUACAAUAACCUCACUCCAGUACUGAACCAGUUGAGUUCUGCCCACUCCUGGAAAGCUGACCCAGUGUCAGGGCCCCUACUAUGACCUUUCUGAUAACUUAGUUACAGGUCAAAGUACCCUAAUGUCCCCUAAAAUAUCAAGAUACUUGAAUUAAAAAUACAGGGCCACCCCUCAUCGCUUAAGCCAUAUUAUAGCUCCACGUACUGUAAAGUCAGGGAUGUACUGUGAUACUUUAAGACCACUAAUCUCAGUGGAAUUUCAGGACAUAGCAUCAGUUGGUAAAUCAUACCAGACUAGGGGCUCACUCCUCCUUAGAUUGAAGUCCAAAUAAAAGUCACCUUUGGCUGAUCAUAUAUUGAUAUGACCAUCAUGAAUAAAUUGUCACAAAGUAUCUACAAACUGCUCUUGCCAUCCUUAUAAUAUAACUUCAUGAAUUCACGUCUCCAGAAAUGCUUAAUACAAUCCAAAAGAGCAAGAGGGGUGAGGCCCUGAGUCAUCACUACCUAGUGGCAUCAGCAGGCACCAGUGGUGCAGUCUUGUAACUGGAGGUGCAGAGAGUGCGUGUGCAAGCCAGUGCUAAAGUGCUGAGCAGGUGCCAGCUACUGUUGUUCAUGUAAGGGUGAGAAGGGACAGCAUGGGAGAAGUAAUGACUUCAUAUACUCGAGGACUUCCCCUUAGAUUUGCAGUAAUUUCCUUGUAAAUGAUGGAAAAGAAGAAAACUAGAGAGUCAGAAUCAUAAUAAAUAACAUCCUAACAUCGCAUCCACAUCUUUGGCUGAUACAUAUUACCACCUCAUACCUCCAUUUAUUUGUACUUAAAAAGAAGAUAAUAGUGAAUAUUCUUAAGUACAAAAUAUUCGAUAGAUUUUAAAAAGUGGAAUCGCUGUUGUCAUCAGCAGCAAACUGGACUGACGCUAUCUUGUCCACACUUUGAUGUUAUGUCUGAAGGCAAUCAGUAGUUACCAAAAAGUAAUUAUUAUAUAUCAACUAGGUAAUGAGAUGAACAGGGAGAAGUAUGGGAGGAGCACACAGCUCCAGGACCUCUCCCCUCUUCAGAGUGUACCUUGACAAACAGUGCACCCCAAAUUAAGAAUCAGUGUUUCAACCCAGAUCAGGGGUGUUACUCCAUCACAGCACCACAACUGGGACACCGUGAAAGCAUUGCACUACCAGUAGGUUACUACUCUUUUUAAGUUACUGCUUUCAAAUCCUAAAACACAUCCCUAGUUCUAUACGGUCAUUCUACUUCCCUGGAAGUGGCUGACCAGCAGAUUAGGGACCCGUUAGCGGUCAUUCUGCUGUCCCUAUGGACUCCGCAGUGUUCGGUUCCCAUACUGUAGCUAUUGGGUGGUCUCCUAGUAGGCACAGAGCAGCCCCUCCCCUCACCCUGCAGCUCGAUGAUGCCCUAGACAACGCCCCUUCCUUCUCUACUGCAGCCAAAGUAAUCAUUACAACAGUGGGAUUAUUGAUACUGCUGAGAAAGGCGUGUCCCGGGGAUAGCAAUAUGAACUGUCUGCCUCUGGUAUAGAAUAUAUUAGUAGGUGAGUGCUCUUCAUCCUGAAAGCUUAUGCCAGGUUGCAUGAAUAGAAACAUUAAACUCCUGUGGACAAGUAAUAUGUAGAUUUUUACUGAAAUAGACUGAAGCUUAUUAAAACGUAUUCAGUGCAAUGGUAGAUAAAUAUAUACAGACUAGAGAAAAAAUAACUGUGAUCUUUUUUUUUUUACACCAUUACUGGAAGCACCCAAACAUGAACUGGAGUUCCCUCUGAACAAAACCAUUAUCAAAUCUUCAACGUAUGACCUCUAAUCUAGGUGCCAAGCGCUCUGCGACACUUAUUUACUUACACACCCAAGAAAUGCAUUGUGGAAGCUGUAAUCUUGGACCUGAACCAUGAAACAAACAAAAGGGACGUUGUGACCAACCGAGCUGAUGGAGCAAAAGCACAAAUUCAACAUCAACCUGAAGUUAGGAUCCCAAAGAGAUGCUGACUUUAUAGCAAAAAAAAAAAAAUCAACGACAAAUCAAAUACGAGCCCAAUUAGAACAGCUGACAUCCAGAUCCACGGAAGAAGGACAGGGAAUAAAUGACAUUCUCUAGCUGUGUCACAUUAUUUCGGUUUUUGAAUCUCAAUCAGGACCAGUUCACCUUCACGGACACCGUUGGCAAUGGCCCAGCAGCUUGGUCUUGGCCCCCGACUCCCUCUCUGCACUGGGCAAGCGCGAACAACGGAAGGGAAUGCCGGGGUGUUGACGGAGGAAACGUUUUCAUGGCAAACUCAGAAACUGAAGUGUUUAUAUUCAGAACCAGAUGAGCUUCAACAUGAAUUUGCAUCUUGCCUCUGUACCGCUUGCUAUUUUUUAAUGAUAGGAGAAAGCAUAUCAGUUUAUUUUAAAUAUGAAAUAUAUUGCUAUAUUACAAAAUAUAUUGUAACUUUCAAUUAACGUUUUGUAUCAAACUGGUCUUUGGCGGGCCAAGCGUGCGCCUGCUCCCCCAACGACUGUUUCUGAGUACACAUCACCGCUAGGGGCGCCCGACCCCAGAACAGGGUUCUCAUCCUGCAGAACUGCCAUAUCCUAACUCCCCGAGACCUGGCUAUUAGAGACAAAAGAACAUUAUUCCGAGCUUAGAAGGAUAUUUCUACCCUAAAUUCUAUCAAGCCAUUCCAGAAGGGAGUUUUAAAAGCCAUCACUCCUGUAGUAGCCGUGCAAAGCCAGUGUAAUCAAAGUGCAGGCUCCUUCUAUGUGAAGCCAAGGCCCUCAUUGCAUGAAUUACAUGUCUCGAACUCAGCCGACCGGUUUUUCCUUUGGCAGUGUCAGGUUUGGGCAUGAGGAAGAGUCUUGUUCUCCGGUGACACGAAAGGCUCACAAUUCUAGGCAUCAUCACAGAUUUUCUCUGUGUCAGAGUAGACGCUGCACUGGCAUUCCAUGGCACUGGGCCCUGCGGGAGCCCCUGAGCGCGUGCGCUUUUCAGAAUGGCUGCACCGCGGAGGGAGCGAGGGUUGCGCUGUUCGCCCACAGCGUGGAGCAUGGCUCCUGAGGGAAUGAAAGAGAGGGCAGGACAGCACAGCAAGAUCCAGCAAGGGCUUCCUCUUCUACUAGUUUACUCUAGCUACGAGGGAAGAAAGAGCUCAAUCUAGAUGUUUUCCUUUAUUGGCAAAAUUGGGGGGAAAUUCUCUACUUAAGCAACUAUGAAGUUCAUUGCCCUUCUUCUCUGGUCAGUCGAGACACACAGAAUUUCUCACUUCCUUCCUUUGAGUGACGGAGGGGCUAGAUGAAAACCAGAUGUGGAGGUUAUGGAGCAAAUAUUUCCUAGAAGCUUUGGGCCUCCUCCCGAGGAGGGCCCUCACUCAUUGUCAUCAUUUUGGGGUAACGGUACACAGGUGCAAACCACGCAGCAUCAGAGUAGAGUUAACUGAGUGUGGAGUGUGCUUAUCUCUUCCUUUCACAAACCCUGAAAACACACAGGUGUACUGACAGUGCAAAACAACAGGUUUUCUCCUGGGGAAAAGGCUGGAAUCCUCUUAAACUUCCAUCUAUUUGAGCCAAAAUGUAGACAAGGCUUGGGCCUCGAUGAUAUUAGUUAUUCAUGUCAUCCAAAGGACAAAUAUCGAAGUGCCCAGCUUCAACCUGCACAUGCAGCUGAGACCUGCCUUGCAUGCACAUGGCCCAGACUCACUCUGACUGAACCACAUUCUCUUGGGGUCUGCACUGCUUCUCAGCUGCACGUAGGCUGAGCUCUACCAAAGCCAUGAGAACUCCAGGGCACCUGCUUCUAGCAGGGUUCUCGCUCCCUGGGCAAUGGAAAUUAGUUUAUUCUCAGUUUUAUAACUGAUUGAUGAAUGUACUGGUGGUGAUUUAUUUGUCUCUUUAUAUUUUUCUGCUACUAAAUAGAACUGAACUGUCCUUUUUGCUUUUCCUUCAAGUGCUUCUUGGACUAAAGUUCUUACGUUUCUAGAAAGGGAAUGUAUUCUAAUUUUCCCCUCAAGGUUAUUAUUCAGUCUAGGUCGAGGAAACCAAUGGACAUUCCUGACUUCAGGAAAGCAGACCUCUUGCCAAUGAUUCAGGUGUGCGGCUGCACGCUGACCAUUAGUACUCGAGGACUGGCCCAUGGGCCAGCCGCAUCCUUACCACCUGGCUCUGCUUGUUAGAAAUGCAGAGCCUCCGGCUGCACGCCAGACCGACAUAGUCGAGUGCAGCACUUUAACAGGGUCUCCGGUGGUCUGUGCCCACACUAAAUACUGAGAAGCACUAGCUUUCCCACACAGCAAUGGCAUUCAACCUCCUCAGUAAUCAGAAAAUUCAACCAUUUCUUCCUUUUGCAGAAUUAUUUGAUGAAGCAAAUUGUCCUGUGUGGUCAUAAGGAUAAAAACAAACACACCUUAAAAUUCUACUUGAGGUCAUAUAGCUUGGGUGGCGUGCAAAAAGAGAGUGUCUUUCUCCAGUCUGAUUUUAUAAAGCUCGGUUCAUAGCUUUGAGCCACCUCAAAGCCCCCGGUUAGGGUUUUCAUUGUGGCCAGUGCUGGCAAGGCCAUCAGAGUGUGAGGUGGCCCCUCGGGGCAGGUGCCCGGGAAGGUCUGCUCAGCCCAGUGCAGAAUCGGGCCGCUUCUUUGGGAAACCUGCCUCCCAGCAGCAGGAACUCGCCUCCCUAGAGGAAACUAGCAAGGGGAGUUAGUCUAACCACCCAGAAACAUUCCUGAUCUCCUCUUAAACCAAUUCCCUCAUUCAUUACAGCAACCAGAGACACUCCAAGGUGAGCAAGGAAGGAUAGGAACUGUGAUAUUAGCACCAAAAUUGAUAUGUACCCAGAAACAGUAUGUUCUAAAUUAAUGGCUUUAACCUGUUCAUUGUAAAAAGUGCCUUGGACUUCAAUCUAAAGAGGUCAGUAUAAAUAUAUGUGUGUGUGUGACGUAUGUAGGCAAAUAUUUACAUAUGUAUACAUACAUAGGUGCACACACAUAUACCCGCACAUUCAUAUAUAAUAUAUACAUACAUAUAUAGACGCUUCAUAAUAUAUUGCUAUUUGCAGCUCCAUUUCUUUUGUCUGGUCCUAUGUUUAUUUGUUCAGUGAGAUCUUUACAUAGAGAGGUUCUAUUCAGGACAUCGAUGUAUUUUUUUUGUUUGUUUUUUACUUUUUAUUAAAAAGGUAAAGGAUAAUUAAAAAAAAAA